AUGGAAAACAUUGACUGGACCAAGGGCGUUGUUUUUUUGCAAGAUGGUGUUAUAUACUGUUCUCCAAAUAGUGAACGAGUUGUUGUUAUGCCUGGUGAAGAUGAGAGGCCCACGUUGAGGCACUUUGAACCUGUGAUGACAGCAGACGUGUCCGAUCCAGCGUAUAUUCCUCCCCGUUACAACCUAGAUCUCGCCAACUACAGACAGCCUGUUCGAUGGGAGGACAGCUAUGGAUGGCUAUCAUUCGUGCCUUUAACCCCAACUUUUCUGGCCACACCGUUUGAACCACUAUGCUGGGCACCGAAGCUGAUUAAAACUGAUAAAACAUGGGGAAUGAACGAAGCAGACCGAGACAAAUGGGACAUGUGUGAACGGCGUAUAGUGAAACUGUGCGAGAAGCUGCGGUUGUGGUAUCGCAUACCUGGCACCCCACCACCUUUUCCAGGGGAUUUUGGCUACAAGCGGACCCACAAAACAUCUGCAGUGGCGAAAAAGAUGAUUGAAAUCAGCCGAAAUUGUUUUGUCCUGUGGAUGGGCUUCAUGUCCUACCUGAUUGUGCAAUCCCGUCGACCCGAACACGCCGUGCACCUACAAAGUCAACCCAAUCUUCCUGUACCUGCAUGGCACACGCGAAUCCUAGAGGAGCAGGAGAAACUUGCUGACGAAGAAAUGGAAAGAGCAUUGAAGGAAUGUCGUUGGCUGGUUCCUGAGCGCCAGACACCUUUGAUCACGGAGGCAUGGCUAGACGGGAUAUACAAUUCGAAUGUGUGCUCUUUCAAUGCACGAACGCCUCGCAUUGGAAUCGCAUAUGAAUGGACACAAACUCACCGAACUCAGCCACCCAUCGAAGUGUUUUUGGAGAACCAUGUCCCGGUGUACUAUCCGUGGCGGGUUGUGGAAGAGGAGUUUUUGAAAACGUCCCGUGUCAAUAGGAAGGGUCUUGAACCACCUUCCAAAAUGCUUACAGACGUCAUCGAUGAGGUUCUAGGGACCGCGGCUGCACAGAAUAUUCCCAUUGGGUGCUUGCUUAUUCGCAGAUACCACAACAUGCACGACAACACAGAUUCUCCGAGCCUGAAAUUGAUGAGCCAAAUGACAUUUGAUUCUGUUGUUUUCCGGCACAUAGUCAACCACUACAGGGACCAUUUGGAUGAGAUGAGCGCAGAAUGGGACCGAUUGGAUAUUGACGCACUGUUGAAGGAGAGGUCUGAAGAGCUGAAGACGCACGCUGUGCAAGUAGCCAAUGAAUUGCAAGUAUUUGACUUUUCUGAAGACUACGGCGGUCAUAAGCACACCCAGGUAUUUGCGGAUUGGACUCCGUACUGGCAGGACAGGCUGGCCCAGUGGAAAAGGAAACCCCCGCGCCCAAUGUCAACACCUGCUCCUCUGCUGAAAACAACAAUGUACGCGUGGACGUUUGAGAUGAAUGCUUACGUGCGUCGCAAACUUUUGAAAAGCGACCAUUCAAGUGCUCAUAGAGAUUGUCCUACCCGGCGUCGAGUGUACAAUGCUGCAAAAAAUGAAUGGGAUUUGUGCAUUUUUGAUCCUCCUAAAGAAUUGGUUUACCGCACAAGGGGAAGCGACAGUGACGAGGACAGUGACGACAUGUCGUCAGAGCCAUACCACGGGCUCUUUUCUCCAAAACAGGGCAGUGAAUCCAAACAAACAGAACCCCAGCCCACCCUUGUUUCAGAGAAAGCCCACACCACCAUCGUUGCAGAUGAAGCCCACACCACCAUCGUUGCAGAUGAAGCAAACCCCACCAUCAUUGCAGAUGAAGCAAACCCCACCAUGGUUGCAGAGGAAGCCCACACCACCCUCGUUGCAGAUAAAGCAAACCCCACCAUUGUUGCAGAGGAGGCCAGUGAACCAGAACGCCGGUGGCUGAUGCCCUCGACAGAUUUCGUGGAGACCAUUCGGUAUAGCUAUGGAUACACCGGAGUGUCAACGUGCAAAGAAUUGAGGCCACCCAACGAUUGGCAGGACAUUGUGGAAUGCUUUGGUUUUAACCAGUCGGAUCUGGGCCAAAUUAGCAUAUUGGAGCAGCAGUCGAUCCACGACUUUUACCAUGACAUUGUCAGUGAUGGGACAUGGAGUUGCGAUGUACCACUGCACCAUGUUCAACGCCCGCUUCCCAACCUGUUUGUUUUUUCGCUACGUCCGUCUGAGAGCUCGGACUGGAUGUUGGGUGUGGAAUCGGUUGAAAUUGCACUGUAUGUGUGCCGACUUGUGAGAGAUAACCCUUUGCUAGCAGUAGAUGAAAUUGCAUACAAGAUGCUCAGCAAAGGAGUUCCAUGUCGGACUCUGGUUGGACUUUCAAUGUCCACCAGAAGCAAGACGGUGGCAGAUGUAUUCCAACCCGUGUCAUACCGUCCAGCAGGAUAUCAAUUUGGCGUGGAUGACUUUAAGGAAUACCAGUACCAGUGCGAAACCUUGCUGCAACACUCGCAUGGUCGGGCAGCGGUGUUGAAGGGUGGAUUGGUGGGUCGGAUCGCGAGCGACUAUCUCGAUUUGGGUGACUGUUUGGAGGGUCCUUCGCAUGAAAUCCAGACGAAUCGACAAGGGUUUGUAGCUCCGACGGGGGUUUUAAAUUUGUUUUAUGGAGACGAUGAGCUUACGGAACGCGAGCUGGCGAUCCUCUGUGGAACAUACGGAAUGUACACAGGUAAAAUAGCAGGAGCGUAA